AAAAUAAUCAUAGCGCUGUGGUUAAUGCCAGUUUUCGAUAUAGAAAGGCUCUAACCUGACAAUUAUCGCAGGCAAGGAAGCAAGCAAUUCCGCCAAUCUUUUGUCUGGCGGAAGGACAGUUCCUUUUUAAGAAUCGAUUACAACUACUCGAUUCCAAUGGAAGAAAAACGAAUUCUAGCACCGAAAGACUGCUUCGAGGAAGCUCGCGGGUAACGGGCGAAGGGGGAAACGAUCAGUGAGAGGUGCCGGGGCGAGCUGGGAAUUAUCCAGGGCCCCUUUCAGGCCCCCGAAGAUGUUCCCCAGACGGUUAGGUGGGAAGAAUCUGGGUUACUCGAGCCAGAAGGGAAUGUGGGCCGGCUAUAUACCGGUUGCCUGCUCGUACACCGCAGUUCAUUCUUCUUUCUAGUCGCGAUCGACGAGUCGUGGACGAGCUUGCGUGUCAUUGGAUCAACCGAAUUCAUUGGAGCUUGACGGAAGCAAUAUUAGAUACGAGAUAGAAGUCACUCACGUAUCAUUUUCCACGUUAAUUCGUCGCCUGGAUCCAAGGAUCUUUCAGGACUGGGUUGGUUGGUUUCAGGAUCCAGGGAAGCUUCUUUCAGAAUAAAAAAUAUGAAGAUAUUAUGGCUGAUGGUCCUACUUGCUGGGGUCGUGGUAAAGGCUCAACGACGACUUGCCCUUCCCGAUCCACGUAGCUGUGCCAAUCGAGUACGACAUGCUACCUACAGAGAUGCUAGAGGAGUUGGUCAUUCGUAUUUCUUCAGUUGGGAGCACCAACCGACUAGAAGUUUAGAGGUAGAUUGGUUGGAUGCACGUAAUAUUUGUAGGAGACACUGUAUGGAUGCAGUUUCCCUUGAAACGCCACAAGAAAAUGAGUUCAUUAAACAGAGACUCGUCAGAGGGAACGUGAGGUUCAUUUGGACAUCAGGGCGCAAAUGCAACUUCAAUGGUUGCGACCGGCCAGAUCUUCAGCCCCAAAAUGUUAAUGGAUGGUUCUGGUCAGGUUCGGGAGCUAAAAUAGGCCCCACCACUCAGCGUAACUCUGGUGACUGGAGUAACACUGGUGGAUACGGACAGCCCCAACCUGAUAACCGUGAAGCUGCACAGGGUAACGACGAGUCCUGCCUGUCUAUUUUAAACAACUUCUACAACGACGGAGUCAAGUGGCACGACGUGGCCUGUCAUCACCGAAAGCCAUUUGUCUGCGAGGACAGCGACGAACUUCUCAACUUUGUGCUCUCUAGAAAUCCUGGCAUUCGCCUUUAAUUUCC